AAUUUAUUUUAAACGAUAUAAAGUAUUAAAAAAAUUGUAAUCAACUCGGUCCCUGGAUUGGACCUUUGAGUUCACAACUUUUCUCUUCCCUUUGAGAGCUUACCCUCAUCCAGUGUAUAUCUCAGACACUAUUUUCUCUGCAGUAAGCCUCUUGAUCUAUGAUGGAGAAGAUCCAGCACAGUCAUGUGGAAGUGAAUGGACUGAAGCUGCAUGUGGCAGAGAUUGGAAGUGGCUCCAAGGCAGUGGUGUUCUUGCAUGGAUUCCCAGAGAUCUGGUACACAUGGAGGCACCAAAUGAUUGCUGUGGCAAACGCUGGUUAUAGGGCUAUUGCCUUUGAUUUCAGAGGCUAUGGACUCUCUCAGCAUCCACUUGAGCCAGAAAAGGAAACCAUGUUUGACCUGGUUCCUGAAAUUGAGGGUCUUUUGGAUGCUUUAAACAUCACCAAGGCUUUCCUUGUUGGCAAGGAUUUUGGUGCAAUCCCAGGAUAUCUUGCAGCUGCUGUGCGCCCAGAAAGAGUAGCUGCCAUCAUAACUUUGGGCGUUCCUUUCUUGCUUCCUGGUCCCUCUGCUGUCCAAAACCACCUUCUUCCCAAAGGCUUCUAUAUUACUAGGUGGCAGGAGCCUGGGAGGGCAGAAGCUGAUUUUGGACGCUUUCCUGUGAAAUCAGUGAUAAGAAACAUAUACACUCUCUUCUCUAAAAGUAAGGUGCCAAUAGCACCUGAUGAUAAAGAAAUCAUGGAUUUGUUUGACCCUUCUACUCCCUUACCUCCAUGGUUCUCUGAGGAAGAUCUUGCAACCUAUGCUUCGUUAUAUGAAAAAUCUGGAUUCAGAUACGCAUUACAGGUUCCUUACAGGAGUCUGAAUGUGGAAACUGGCUUAAGUGACGUGAAGGUUACGAUUCCAGCACUUUUGAUAAUGGGUGAGGAAGAUUACGUGUUUAAGUUUCCAGGCAUGGAAGACUAUAUCCGAAGUGGGGCAGUGAAAAACUUUGUGCCGGGGUUGGAAAUCAUAUACAUUCCAGAAGGAAGCCAUUUUGUGCAUGAACAAAAUCCAGAGAAGGUGAAUCAACUCAUCAUCGAGUUCCUCGACAAACAAAGUAUCUGACUCUGUUUUACUGCUAAAAGCAUGUUUCGUUUAUGGUUUGUGUCAUUUCAAUAAACGUUGUAAUUUCCACCCUCCACCUCUACACCUUCCAGUUCAUGAAAGAGGGUGCAUGUUGUAUUCAAGUCUGGAACGUUCAUAACAAAUAAAAUCUGAAACUUUGUUCAGA